AUGACAAAAUUGUAUUUCACUAAAAUCAAGAAUGGGGUGAUAACUGACCUUUCAUUUAAUGUAAAAAGAUUAUCAACUUCAUUUGGUUCAGAAGAAACAGAUGUUCGAAUAGCAAAUACUCUUCCACAUCAUUGCGAUUUUAUAUUACAAAACAAAGAAGAUGAUCAUGGAUUUCUCUUAAACUUUAGUAAUCGGAAUGAUGUAACUGUGAACCACUGUAUUGUUCCAUAUUUUUCACAAUUUCAAUUACUUUCGAAUAGUGUAGUUCAAGUUGCUAAUGCGUUGUUUUAUUUUUCAAAAGAUAAACCAACAGCAAUAUCUCAAAGUAUUGUAGAUGAAUAUUUUAAAACAAAUGAAAAAAUCACUGUAGAAGAUGCAUUUAAAAUGGAUGAAGAAAUAAAUAAAGAAGAUGUUCAAACACUAAAUAAAAAAAAGUCAACAAUAAUUUUACCGACACCAGACACUCAACAAAUUGAAAUUAAAAAAGAAGAUGCAGUUGUUCAAAAUAUACCAAGUGAAAUACCAAUAGUGGAAACAAAAGCGAGAAUUAUUAAUGACAGUCCAAUAAAACAUAAAUCAAAAAGGAUUUCAAAAAGAAGUUUAGAUUAUUCAGAAGAUGAUUAUUCAGAAGAUGAACCAAAAAGAAGACACCAUCGAAGAAGAAGAAGAUAUUCAACAUCAGACUCAUCAAGCGAAGAAUCAUCUUCUUCUGAGGAUGAUAGAAGAAAAAGAAAAAGAAAACAUAAAAGAUCUCAUUCAAGACAUUCAAAAAGAAAACAUCAUAGAAAAACAAAAGAUAGUUUUUCAUCUUCAGAAGAAGAAGAACAACGUAGAAGAAGAAAAAGAAAAGAGAGAAAAAGAUAUUCAAGAAGUUCAUCUAGAUCUUCAAGAACGUCAAGUACAUCAACUUCAGAAGAAAGACACAAAAGAAGAAAAACAAAGAAAAUAGAACAAAUGUCAGAACAAGUAAUAGAACCAGCACCAGAACAAGUAAUAGAACAAAUGUCAGAACAAGGACUUAAAAAACAUAAAACAGCAGAUUUAAUUAAAAAAGAAUUAAUUGAAAAAAAAGGUCAAAUUAUUAAAGAAGAAGAAUUACUUGAAAAGGAAGUUAAAGAGUCAAGAAAUAAAAGAGAUAUGCCAAGAGCUUUUAGUAAAUUUUUAGCAAGAAAUACGUUUUAUUUUGGAAGUAAUGAACAAUUAAUGAUAAAAUAUGAACAAACUAUUAAAUCAUUUGGAGGAAAAACAGAAUUAGGAUACCCACCAUUUCAAAGACAUGUUAUUCCAGAGUUUGACAAUAGUGAUGGAUUUUUCCAUGGAUAUGAUUAUAGUGAAGAUUUAAGAGGAACAUUUUUAGUAACUGAACCUAACAAUGAAGGACCAACAAUUCCAUACUUAUUAUGUAUUAUAUGUCAAGUCCCAGUUAUAUUACCAAAUUAUUUUGAUACAAUUAAAGAAAAAAAAGAAGAUCAAAAUUUAAUGGAAUAUUUAGCUCCAACAUUCCCAAGUGAACUUAAAAUACAUGGCAAAAAACAACAACCUUAUAUCUUUCAUCCUGCUAAUGACUCUAAAAAAGAUAAAAUUAGAAUGCAAGUUCCUUCAAAAUAUGGCUCUAAUGAAAAACAAUUGAUUGAAUGUUUCUUAACUGCAAUAGGAUGUCGUAUUGUAGAUAGGCAAAUUGCUGCUUCUUCUCCUAAUACAACUAAUGAUGGAAAAGACCAUACUGUGUAUACUUUUGUUCCUUUAAUUGAAUCAAAUGUUGUUGAUUUAAAAAGAAAAUCACAUAGUUCUCGUAUUAGUGAGAUUGUAAUUGAAGAAGUAACAAUUUAUAUGGAUUGGGUAAUUGAAAUGUUAAAAGUUGAUAGAUUUAUUUAUCCAAAAGAUUAUUUAGCUUCUAAAACAGCACAUAACUCAGAAGAGCAAAAUGAAUUUGAUAAUUUCUAA